AUGUCUACUCUUCGCUCCGCGUUCGUCCUCGCGUUGGUCCUCGCCUCGCUCCCCGCACUCUACGCCGCGUCCGCGCCACUGCGGGGCGACGUCGCUGCUGGGGGAAGCGCAGCCGUGGACGCGCCGGCGAGGUGGGGCCGCAAGCUGCUGGAGUCGAGCAGCGGUUCCUCCGCCGCAACCGGCGCGGACGCUGACGUGGACCACGUGGGCGGCGAGGAGGAGGAGGUGGGAGAGGUGACGACGGACGGGCUGGAGGAGGCGGUGCGGGUGCUGCUUGGCUCGGAUGCGGACGUGGAGCAGCAGGGCGGCGAGGAGGAGAACGAGGAGGAGGUGGGGGACGAGGUGACGGACGGGCUGGACGAGGCGGUGCGGGUGCUGCUGACGUGGGGGGAGAUGAAGAACGCGGCUGCGGCAGGGACGAGCACGAGCACGGGGAAGGGCAUGGGGGGCAAGAUGGGAGACAUCGCGUCCAAGGCGGUGGCGGCGAACGCGCAGAGCGGGGGGCUGGGAGGCAUCGUGUCCAACGCGGUGGUGGCAAACGCGCAGAGCAGCGGCGGGGUGGUGAAGGCCUGA